AGGUCACCUUCAGACUGUUACUCACUCAGAUGGGGAACUUAAGCCCUAAAUAAACACAUGAGUAAAUCUUAAGGUUGAAAAUAUUUCUAAUAACCGGUUUGUGUUCACACUGGCGAAGCUGUUUUGACCCUUCGGACUCGCCGUAGCGGGCGAAAGCAGACGUCGUCAUGGCGCCUGUCAAACCGAAACUUUAGAUGCGACAAACUUUCUCGCGAAAUGUAUUUCACUGUACCGACAGAGUUCCAGACGCGCUGAAUCCGCAUCGGACGAAAUGAAUACAACGUAAAUAAUCAACAUGGAACUAUUUCUGCGCGCUGACUUUCACCCGUAGAAAAAAGAAGUGUAGCCAAGCUAACGUUAGCUACACUUUCAACAAGUAGUUAGCUAUUAACGUUAUAGUUAUUUAACUAGCUCGGCCUCGGCGGAUUCCAAAUAUGAAAUCGACUAUAGCUCUUUAACUAACGUGUCUCCGUUUCCCCCCCGACGAAGAUGUGUCGUUUUCUACGCUACUGUGUCAGUCACUGCCUUCGCGCGACGCUGACGCGGGUCACGGAGCUCCACAGAGCGAUGGGCAUGCGCUCGUCCGCCCGGUGGCUCGGCUACCUGUCCCGGCUCGUCCUGCUGGUCGCGCUGUGUUUGGGGCUCUACGCCCGGUGGGAGAGGACCGCGCAGACCGCUCCCCUGGUCGUCCUCGUUUUGACUCUGCUCUUCCUCGGCGCGGCGGGCGUAACGCACUUUUACUUCAGCGCGGAGCGGCUCAGCCUCCGUCUCCUCCACCUGCUGUUCGGUCUCCUGCUGGGGCUCCAGUGCUUACUCGACGGCGCGGCUCCGGAGAGCGACGCGACGGCGCAGGCGGCCAACCACCUGCUGGUGGCCAGCGCGGCAGUGGGGGCUCUGUGCGCGCUGCUGGAGCGACUGUUCGGCCGCGCCACGUACCGCCCCGCCUUCCUCACCUCGGCGGAGGGCCUGGAGCUGCUCGGCUUCGCCGGCGCGGCGUGGCUCGCCGUGGAGUCGCCGAGCGUGCCGGUGCUGGUGGCGGCGCUGGCCGCGCUGCUGGUGGCCCUCCGGAUGAAGGUCCUCCUGGCUCUUCCCAUCCUGGUCUGCUUCGUUGUCGUCGCCGCCGUGUGGAUCUUCGAGCCUCCGAACAUCUCCGGCAACCCUUUGGCCCUCGCCUGCUUCUUCAUCCGGCUAGUGUGCGACCCGCUGCUGGAUCUCUACUUCAGCGGACUCUCCGUGACCGAGCGGUGGCAGCCGCUCCUGGCGCGGGACGGCCCGUGGCGGAAGCUGUCGCUGCUCCCUCACGUGAUGCUGGAGGUGACCUUCGUCAUCGUGGCCGCUCAGAGGCUGAGCGACCUGGACCGGUGGUACCUGCGGAUCCCGGGCUUUGUGUUCUGCGUUUUCUGGUGGGCCGUGAGCCAAGUGGUGUUCGUCCACACGGUGUGGAGCUUUCACACCAAGCUCAGUGAAUGCCAGACGCUGUGCUUGUCCCAGGGGUCAGGGGUCAGCGGCCUGAACAAGGUUAUGGCCUCAAAGGGCAUGAGACUUUUCUGCCUCUUCGCCGAACGCCCGGUAACGGUCUUGAUGAUCUCAACUAUUGCUGUGGCAGCAGUUUGUUGGCAGGUAUGGGAAAGCUGGGAAGCGCGUAAUCAUGUCUUAAGAUUUUCCACAAUCCACAAAAAAAUAAGUAAUGGUGUAAAAUGUUGCCACUUCCUCCUCGGCACCUCUUUGAUGAUGAUGCGUGCUCUGCAGGCCUCCAGCAGCCUCUUCCUGAGCAUCCUGCUGCUCGUCCUGCCUCUGCAGUCUCUGUUUCAGGGGCUUUUCCACGAGCUGGGGGACAGCCUGGGAGGAACCUGCGUGGGCUACGCGGUGGUCAUCCCCACCUUCUUCUGCAGUCUGGAGGGCCAGCCCACGCUGCUGCCCCCGGGCCAGGUGCAGGAGCUGAGCGAGCGCUCCAUGGGCAUGCUGAACAGCGUCCAGCGCUUCUUCGCCCACCACUUCAUCGAGUCCUUCGGCUGCGACUACUCCACCACCGGAGUGACCCGGGAGGCCCUGCGGGCCAAGAUCCAGUCCUUCUUUGAGCUGCGCACGGCGGACGGACCUCGCCACGACACCUACGUCAUCUUCUACAGCGGCCACAGCCACCACUCCGGGGAGUGGGCCCUGGCAGGAGGAGACACCCUCAGCCUGGAUCAGAUCCUGGAGUGGUGGAAACAGACCAAUGGCUGCUUCCGCUCCCGCCUCAUCUUUGUGCUCGACUGUAACCACUCCUCGCCGUGGGUGGAUGAGGUGAAGAAGGCGGAGGGUCUGUAUGUGGCGGUGCAGGCGGCCACGCUCUCUCUGGUGACGGACGUCGAGCAGCAGGAGCCCCCGCAGCUCGGAGACUUCACCUCUCAGUGGGUGGAGUACAACUGCAACUCUAGCAGCCACAUCCAGUGGUCGGAGAGGGCCCGGUCCGUCUCGGCCACCUACGGCGUCUCCAGGUACUGGAGCGACUACACGCUGCCCCUGCCGACAGGAAGCUACCUCAGCAACUACUGGAGGAUGCACUUCCCCCGGAUGAUCGGGCCUCUAGUCCCGGUUAGCGAGGGCCGGUUCGACGGUUUCAGCGGGCGGGGGCUCUGCAGCGUCCCCCUGCGAUAUCUCAAGAGACUCAAACUAACCUGGUUUCCACCAGCGGUCCUGGACACUGGGCAAGGCUUCAAACUAGUGCGCUCGUAGAAAUGAUCACUAUAUGAUGACUUUUUCUGGGAAAAGCUUCUGGUUUGUUAACGUAUUUCAGCACCAGAUUUUGUAUUUUCUCAAUGUUUCUAUUAAUGUGUGUUAAUAAGCAUCAAUGUUAAUUGUUGCAUCAUUUACUGUUACAAAUGUUCUUGUGCCUUUAAUGUAAAAUCACCAAAGUACCUUCAGCUGGUCAGGCUGUAUAUAUAUUUUUAGUUUGUUUUACCUUUAACAAAAGUGACAUUGGUACAGUUUCAGAGGAAGAGCUCAGGCAUAAAUCCUAAACAAAUAUUCUUUUUUACAGGCAUGUUAUAGCAUUUGUAUUUUGGCCCUGAAAUGAUUCCUCUUCCAGCCAGCAGCACUACGCGUGUCCCACUCCAAGCUUUCAGUAUAUUCAGUGCACCUUGUCUUCUAACAGCAUCCUGGGAUGCUUUUAGUUCUUGCAAUGAUCUCCAGCUGCUUCAGGGAGUCCAGAGAGUUUAAACUGCUGACGAUUGCACUAUACACAAGUAUGUGUGACUCAUAGUAUUUAUGUCAUAAUGAAAUGCAUCACAUGAAGAGCCAUUUUGUUCCUGGUGUUGAUCAGUUUACGGCGUUAUGCAGGAUUCUUCUGGUGAAAGGAUUGAAACUAUGCAAUAAAGGAGACGUGAAUUAAA